CACUCCACCACCCAUGUUAAAAACUAACUUUGGCCUUGUAUUGGCACUUUCUGCUUCUCAUCAUUUUUAUUACAUGUGAUCUCACGGAGCUGCUCCAGUUUAGAGCACUGGGGAAAGUAGUCAUAAGAUCCAGCCACCCUGACUAUCCCAUCAGAGUGCUUUAUCUAGGCCUUCUAAUCAGGCCAGAGCAGCAUUUUUGUCCUCCAAAACUGCUGCUGACAGUACUGUUCAUACGGCCUAACUCAACUGCAAUACUUUAAGGAAUGCACACAUCUAGAUCGUAUAACUUACGUUGCAUUUUACAACUGGGACAAAAUUAACUGCUGCUGAACAUUGUCUUCAGCCAUAAGUAUAUACAGAGCAAACCUACAUUAAACAGCUUAGUGCUGUUUGCUAUUGCAACAACACCUCAUCAGUAGGGUAAAACUAACCUGGCUGUACCUUUCAGUCCUCAUGCUUGGGCAUUUUGAAUCACUGCCACACAUUUAGGUUUUUACUGUUUGGCCUCUAGUUUCCAAGGUAGCAAAAACAUGAAGUUAAAUAUCUCUCUUUCCUACCUAAUUUUUGUUUACAUCGUCAGAUGACUCUCUAAUGUUGUGUUUGUGCCCUUAUGUGUUCAGUUCCUAAAACUGCUUUAAGAAAAACAGUUGAGUAAUGCAGUGUAUGCAUUUUAAAUCCAUUUAUUAUGUGCACCUAAAACACUUGUUUAAAUGGUUCUGUAUGCUACAUUAGUCACAUCUCAUAAAAUCUAAUACAUUAAACACAUCUUUGGUAGAAGCCAAUUGACUUCAUAAAAGUACUGUAAAUAUUCCAAGUAAUUGUUGAAUGGCUAAUUAUCCUUAAUUCUACAUUAACUAUGGUAAUAUCGUACAACAAAGUUUUUCAGUCUUGGUCAUCUCCUUUGCUUAUUCUGUUCUUAUUUCAGUGAGUCUGGAAAAAAUUAGGCUGAGAGUAUGUCUGGUCCAGUUAGCCUCCCAGAGAUGAGCCCUCAUAAAUGCACUUUAGAUGCUCUCAUUACCAACGUCUAAUGCAGACAGCUGCUGGCAGCUACUAUGCUUUAUGUUAUUCAGGAAAAGUACGAGUGCACUUAUCUGUUACAUAUCUAUAGUAAACCACAGUAAGUGCUCCAUCAGGCUACUGAGAAACUCAAGGGCUUUUUGUUAUUUGACUGCCUGUUUAUGAAUUGCAUAAUGAAAGAGCCACGUUGUUUGUUUUACCUGGAAGUUUUCCCUGUGGAUCCCUUCACUGCUGCUUCAAACUGCAUUUAACUGGAUGGAUUAUUCAGUGAAUUGUUGAGUAUGGCAGCUGGGAUAGGAAGAUCAAUACAUACCCAGAAAUAUGCAACCAGUUCAUUAGUCUGUAGGAAAAUAAAUCAGAUACUUUUAAAAUACAAUGGCAUUGCUUUAGGCUAUUUUUAAAAAUUUAUUAUUACACUUAAUACUUACCAAAUGUAUUAUUUGUCUUUUUUCCUAUUUGAGAAUCAGUUGACUCCACCCUCCUUAUUUGUUAGAUCCUCCCUUUCCCUGGCUCAGUUUUCUCAACCUAUUUAGAGCCCUCUGUAUGAAUCGUGUUUUUAUGUCACUACUUGCAAUAUAUGGUCAAUAGCAACACAAACAAUAUCUCUUAUAGCUAUGCGGCUCCCCAAAAGAACAAGAGGAUUAUUAGUGAUGCAUGUGUAUGACACGACACUGUAGGAGGCAGCACACGCCGACUGCUUAGUGACAGGCAGCAGUUGCUUAGCAAAGAGACAGAGAGGGUGUGCAUUCAGGCAGCAGGAAAGGGCGGGAGCUCUAGACGAGGCAAGCGAAGGAAAUACUGAGCAGGGAGAAAAGAGGGAGCAGCAUGAAUGAUGAGCUGAAACCAGUAGAUGAAAUCAGCUGACUGCCCUGUGUUGUGAACGUUGCUGGUUGAUGCUGAGGGAAAAGAGGAGAGGAAGGAGGAGUGGGAGGGGGAGAUGUACCAUCACAGCUGAAUGUAUAAUCAGCAGCUGCUGCUGUUAUGUGAGCAAGAGCAGAGGGAGAGAGUGACAUAGACUGGAGGCACCUUGUUGAGUUACCGUAAUAUUCUGGCUGAAGAUGGAUACAACCAUGGCGACCUAACAGCAGCAUGAGAGGGAAGCUUCUGCUCCUGCCACCUCAACCAGGACCGAAUGGCACAGGCAGCCUUUUCCUCGGGAAACUAUUAAUCGGGCCUACUCCCAGGAUGCCUACCUCCGUGGCCACAACAGCUACAGUGGAAAUGCCUGUCACAUUCCUGAACCACCCCCAAUAUCCUACCCCAGAAUAGACUGCAAGUCUACGGGCAUGGCCCAGGUAACGGAACAACCUGGGCAGCUAUGCCGAGGGUCUAUAGCACCUCCUGACCAUGGGUACCGCAAGGAGAUCACCGUGCCCCCAUCUCCCCCUCCUCAGCCCUAUCCAAAAAGCCAGAUGGCAGUGUGCAUGCGCAACGACAGUGUGAGGACUAUGGUGGUUCCGCCUGAACCUGGCAAUUUGGGGCGCAUGGGUCCAGCACAUAGAAUUGAUUUCAUGAAUCCUGGCUUUGCAAGGGGGAGACCUGGUUCACUGGCCCAUUAUCCUCACUCUCAAAAAGUUGAUGUUUACCCUGGUGGCAUAGGAAUGGUUUCAUAUGGAGCUCAGGCACCUCACUACCCAACUAACCAUCAAAACAUUGAUUGGCGCACUUACCAGACAUACAGGGAGUACAUUGACAACAAUAGAAUUCAUUCCCAUGGUAGUCGGACUAUCCAGGAGAGGCUGGACAGUUUAAGAGCUGCCAGUCAGUCCAACUUUAGCGCUGCUCACCGCAUUCCCUGGGAAGACUGGGGCCCUAAGGGGAUACGACGUCGAAGUACCUCCCAUGAACGUUCAUACCAAGGACCCCCAGCACACUUUCAUAAUGCCCCACGCAGUGCCUCACAGGACCGCAUGUGCAAUGCAGAGAGGAUGAGCCAUGCCAGGAACUGGCCCCCUCGAAGUGCGUCACAAGAUGGCCUACUGCACAAAGCCCGGGCUCACUCUGUAGACUAUGUUGAAUCUUCAGAACUGGCUCGACCUAGUGAGAGGAGAACAGGGUAUGGAAGGUCGGAACAAGGUUCACGGCCCAGCAGACAGUCUAUUCCCAGACACGCCAUGGUCUACCGGCAGCCUGUUACAUACAGCAGUAGCGUAAGGGUGGUACCUAGCUCUUCCCUCUAUGCUAAAGGGCCAGAUUCUUCUCAGUCUCGCUCUUCACCCAUCCUCUCAGAGAGAUUGUCAAAUUUUGGAAAGAGUACAAGUAAUGAACAACCUUUUGCUGAUCAGAGGUCUUCAGUCAGAGGAAGCCUUAUAUCCCACAAUGCUCAAGUCCAGAGUAGGAUACGGGCUGAAUCCAUGCAGCCUGUUGAGGCCGGCAGAGAUGCAGUAUUGGUAGGACCCAGAUCCUCUUCAUGCUCCACUCCUAAACAAAUACCCCUGAGGCCUAGUAUGCUCAAACCACCCGAAAUAGAACCCCAGAGUCAAGUCAAUGGACAAAGCCCUACAGAGACUGGAGUCGUUCUGAGGGAGAAGCCACCCUCUGGAAAGAACCCCAGCCCUCUGCGUCAUCCUUCCUACAUCCUGGCGGUAAACGAUGAAGGACCAAACUCCACAGCAGAUGUGGUGGCAUGCUUUCUUCCCAACGAUGCCCGCCGAGAGAUACACAUACGCCGCCUUGGGGAACAGCAUCACAACUCUUCCAGCAAUCUAGACGAGUCUCUGGAUUCUAUUCCAUUCAUUGAUGAGCCAGUCAGCCCCAGUGUUGACCGGGAGGCGGCUCCUAUUCCACCCUCUGCGGUGAUAUCUGUAGCACCAUCCAUAGCUACAGGUGCCUCUAGUCCAAGUUCACAAUGUACUACCAUACGUCGUCAGAUGUCCCAUGACCAAGAUUCCCUGAGAAGCGCUCUGCUGGAAUCUGACACAGCCAGUAAAACAGAAAGGUCAAAAUCGUACGAUGAGGGUUUGGAUAAUUACCAGGAGGAGGGUAGAGGGAGACCCAGUAAGCAUAUGUCAAGUUUUAGGGGACUAAGAAAGGCUCUGGAUGGACAUAAAUCAUCUGGAGAUUCUGGAUCUCGAAGGGAUUCCUCUUCAGAUAUCUUUCCGACAUCUUCCAAAGAAGGCCUACUUAACUUUAGGCACCUUGGUACAGAUAAGAAUAAGCGGGUUGGAGGGGGAAUGAGAUCAUGGAAGCCGAUGUAUGCUGUUUUACAAGGCCGUACACUUACACUUUACAAGGACAGAAAGGAUGCACUGUCUCAUGCGUUAAUGCAAACUGACGAGGAACCACUGCAAAUCAGCAUCAAAGCCUGUCUGAUUGACAUCUCCUAUAGCGAUACAAGGCGCAAGAACGUGCUGCGACUAACCACGUCAGACUGCGAGUAUUUGUUCCAAGCAGAGGGAAGAGAAGACAUGCUGUCCUGGAUCAAAGUCAUUCAAGAAAACAGUAACCCAGAUGAAGAGAAUGCUACUUUAACAAGCCAGGACCUGAUCAGUCGAAAGAUCAAAGAGUACAACAUGAUGAGUGCCCCCAGCAGCAGGUCGGAACCUUCCCCAAAAUCCUCACGUCAGUCCCUCAGCAUCAAACAAGCCUUCCUCGGAGGCAAAGCAGACGGAAAGAUCUACAGCCCCCAUUCUCCAAAAACAGGAGAUGAGCGGAGAGCGCCGAAAGAUGACUCAAGUCCACCGAGGGACAGAGCUGCUUGGAAAAUUGGAAUUCCAGGGAUUAUGAAAAAGCAGUUUGAAAAGAAGACUCCGGCUGGGAUCACAUUCGGGGUGCGGCUUGAUGACUGUCCACCAGCACAGUCUAAUAGGUUUGUUCCUCUGAUUGUGGAGAUUUGCUGUAAGGUGGUGGAGGAGCGAGGUCUGGAGUACACUGGAAUCUACAGAGUCCCUGGAAACAAUGCGGCAAUCUCCAGCAUGCAGGAGGAGCUCAACAGCAAAGGCAUGACUGACAUUGACAUCCAGGAAGACAAAUGGAGGGACCUUAAUGUCAUCAGCAGUUUGCUAAAGUCCUUUUUCCGAAAACUUCCAGAACCUCUGUUUACAAAUGAGAAGUAUGGUGAUUUUAUUGAAGCCAGCAGAAUCGAAGACUCAGUGGAGCGCUUGAAGGAGCUCAGAAGGCUGAUCCACGAAUUACCUGAUCAUCACUAUGAAACCCUGAAAUUCCUCUGCGCUCAUCUCAAGAGGGUUUCUGACAACUGUGAAAAGAAUAAGAUGGAGCCUCGUAACCUGGCGAUAGUGUUUGGUCCUACGCUGGUCAGGACAUCUGAGGACAACAUGACCAACAUGGUCAAUCACAUGCCAGACCAGUGCAAGAUAGUUGAGAACCUUAUCCAGCAGUAUGACUGGUUCUUCACUGAGGACGGUGAUGAAGACCCUGAUACCACAGCAGAGCAGGAGAGCACAGUGCAGUCUCAGCCUGUGCCCAAUAUCGACCACCUGCUCUCCAACAUUGGACGGACUGCGCCUUCACCAGGUGAAGUCUCAGAUUCAGCAUGUAGUGACUCCUCCAAAUCCAAGCAGGGCUUGUGGGGCUCAGGGAAGGAUCAGUGUAGCAAAGAGAUGCUGCGCUCCUCCUUUUUCGCCAACCGCAAACGCAAGAAGUCCAAGGACAAAGCUCAUCCCAGCAGUUCAGACGAUGACCUGGACUCCGUGUUCCCCAAGAAGGAGCCCCCAGAGGAGAGUCGGCGGACCGAAGAGGAGGGGGAGACAGAUGAAACCAGUGAGAAGGAGAAGCACGUGGGCAGCUCGGAGGAACACCUGGACCAAACCGGCAGGAAGGAGUCUCUGACGUCGCAGCCCUCUCCCUCACUUCCUCCCAAACACAUUUCCUCCCCCAGUCCAUCUGGCUCCCCGUACAUCUCGCCAUCCCAUUCCCCGAAUCUCCGUUACAGCAUGCCCAUGGUUCACCAGUCCUCUCUGUCAGACCCACCGUCCAACUACGACGAUACUGUGUCCGACCUUGGUACGAUGAACAGCACAAGCUCUCAGGCUUCGGUGCCCAGAGUAAAGCGAGGCAAGACGGCCGCCCUGUGUUCAGACACCGGUCCGAGCGGCCCCGGAGCUGAGGUUUGCUCCAUCACCUCCGACUACUCCACCACCUCCUCCAUGACGUUCCUGACCGGAGCGGAGCUCAGCACCCUCAGCCCUGAAGUGCAGUCGGUGGCCGAGAGCAGGGGUGGAGACGAUGCGGAUGACGAGAGAAGCGAGCUCAUCAGCGAGGGGCGGCAGAUAGAGACGGACAGCGAGAGCGACCUGUCAGUGUUUGCAGUCAGAAAAGCAGACCAGCGAGAGCCGCCGGCGUCGCAGCCCCUCCCCUCCUACAGACUCAUCGAGUGCGACACGCUCUCCAGAAAGAAAUCGGUCAAACAGAAAACCGACAGCGAGUCGUCGCUGGACGCAGCGAAAGGCGACAAGGAUUCCAACAAGCUGUCGUGCGUCGCGGGCCCCGUUCGAUCCACCGGGAGCCUCAGCUCCUCCUCCCGUAGCGAGCUGGAUAAAACGGAGCCCGCGUGGAAGCUGAAGAUCACCGACCGACUCAAGGUGCGUCUGCGGAUGUCGGUGGACGACAUGUUCGGUGUGGGCAGCCAGAGGAGCCAGUCCCCAGAGCGCCGCACCAAGAAGAAGAACAUCAGGCGCAGACACACCAUGGGCGGCCAGCGCGACUUCGCGGAGCUGUCCGUUCUGGGGGACUGGCCGCAGCAGGUGGGCAUCGGUUCUCGAUCGGGGCUCUCGGCCGUGGACCGGCUGAAGCCAAAGUGCAGCUCUCAGGACUUCUCCAUCGGGGACUGGAUCGCCCGUGAGCGCCACCGGACCAGCAAUCCAGAGGUCAGCCUGGACUUCCUUGAGCAGCAGGGCGUGUUGUGCAGCACAAACUCCCAAACCCUCGGGGCGGCGUCCUCCUCUGAACUGCCUCAGCGCCCGGCCGAGCUGCUGAACGGCGACACGCCCCAGACUAAAAACCUGAGCCUUUCAGCCACCGCUCACCCGCACAAACUCACCAGUUCCCAGGUGGUCCAUUCUCGAUUCUACCAGUACUUGUGAGAAGUGUUGGGUGUGUGACUGUGUAUGUUCCCUGUCUGUGAGAUGCGUAUGAACUUGGAAGGUUGUUCGUAUGUAACGUUUGUUGUGUGACCAAUGUUUAUGAAUGAGCAUGUUUUUAGAGAACUGGUCUGUAGUGUGUGUUUGUAACUGGUGUGUGCGCUUGUGAAAAAAGAUCUACUGCACACGGGAAUUGCUCAUUAUGUAUUAGGCAUGGAACAAAAUGUUUAUACCUUCAUCUGUUUUUUUUUUAUUUUAUUUUUUAUGACAAAUUAAUUUGGAAUAGCUCAGCAAAUCUCCGCUACGCUGAAGAUUAAGGACAAUGGUGCACAUGAAACGAUGAGCUUGUGAAAUCUGGGGCGAACAGGUGUAAAACGCUAUGCGAUGAGAUUGUUUUAGGGUCUAGAUUGUUUAAAGAACGAAGUGACUUUUAGAAUGAAUAGGAAGUAGUGAAAAUACAGAGUUUUAGUAUUGCAGAGCAACUAUUUUUGUGUAAGGAAAGUUAUGAUGUUCAAAGUCAGCAAGUCUCAGUAACCAAAUGAAGAAUGUACAGACAUGCUUGCUGUCAUACUGGCUAAGAGCUUUAGAUGCUUGUGUUCCAUUCUAAAGUGUACAUAUCUUUAUUUUUGUGUGUACUUGAAUCGUGCUUUUGGUACAGCCUGUGCGUGCUCUCUGCUGUCAAAGGGGCCUUUCUCCAAAGGUACAACAGUGACGAGGAAACACUGGACUUAUGCAAAUGGAAAACAGAGUUCACAUUCAUCUCAGUUAUGUGUUUUGACGAGCAGUGAACAACAUCCCUCUGAUGCAACUGUUAAUGCUGUGUUGUAGUGUUUGUGGUCAGUGACUGGCAGGAGGUCGUAAAGAGGAAAGGGGAGGGGAAAAAAUCACAUGGAAUCAGAAAAAUCACCUUUCUUCACAAUAGGAAGUGCCUCACAAUGAAAUGUUCUGGGUGCCAUAGUGUCUUUGUUGAGAUACACCAAGAUGUUACUGUGAAUGACAUUUUUAUUGUCCACUCUCAGUCAUCCUUCAGGUUACGUUGUAACAAAUGCAGAGCUUCCAUUCUUCAGGCAUUCCACUCUGGUCUUAACAUGUUUUAUACUUUUUUUUCUCCCCCCAGUUUUUAUUUUAAGAGAACUUGAAUAUUAAAUAUUGUAAAAUAAUUAACUUAAAUGUACAUAAAUGCCAUGUUUUAGCUGCUUUUCAUUUCCAUCAGAUUGAGGAGGUCCAGUAUUGAGACGAUGACGAUGCUCAUGUUGUGGGCAGUUUGGUACUUCUCUGUGGAGAAAGAGAUCUGUGCAGGAGGACACGCUGCAUUGAGCUGGACCGUUUGUAUUAAUGCCGCGUUCCUCUUGGGUGCAGACUCCUGAAACACUGGAAAUAAAUUUGUCAAUGGCAGAUAUCAUGGAUAUUUUUUAUCCCAUUGCAGGACCUGAAAAAUGGAACUAGAGAACGACAGACCUUUAACGGUACCUAGAAAAUGUAGACCUGUCCUGGAAAUUCAAGUUUUGUUGUUUAAGAGUGUUGAAUCUAAUUAAAUCUAAUGUGUUUUAA